AGUCCAACAAAAUCGACCAUGGAUAUUUCCUUUUUUGCUCUCAAAAUCAUGACAAUGUCAAGCACGAGAACGAGAUGUAGGAACCCUAACUGUGACUGUCGUAAGAGAACAACAAAAUAAACCUUGCCUCGUUGUAAUUGCAAGAAAACUUCAAUAUUAAACUUUCUCUAUCGAUCCCCAUCUUCAUCACCAUGGCCGCUUUAAUUCCAGUCGCCGCCGGCAUGUGCGCACCGGGUUGCGCUUCCGCGGUCGCCAGUGGUGCUGCUGCGGUGGUCGGCGGAUCAGCGAUGCUUUCUGCCGCCCCGGUUUUGGCCGUGGGUGCAGGUGCCGCGGCGGUGUACUCGUACAUGAAGUCUUCCGGUUCGGAAAACAGGGGUGAAGGUGGAGAUGACGACCACAACGAAGACUUCCAGGACGCGAACUCCGACAACGAGCAGGACGGGGUACAACUAGACGGUGAGAAAAAAAUCGUCCGGAACAGCAACCCAAAUUUCGCCCUCCCGAAGAACGAGAAACGAGUAAAACUGACUCUGACCACGACUGUGAACAAAGCUGCCGCGAUGGAGGAAAACGACACCAGCCGAACGGAAGAUCAUACGGCAGAAGACGAGCUAGUGUGUGGCUCAAAUUCAUCAUCGAAAAUGGAUGAGCAAACCAAGAAGAAAGUGGCGGCUUUCUUCUGA